AUGGGCACAGUUCUUACACCAAAAAAGAGAGAAUUCUGUACACAGAAUUUUCUUGAUCGUCGUCCAGAAAAGAGGUUUGAUGAAGAAACUGCAAGAAUUGCGGGUCACAACAAAGGCGUAUCAAAUGAUCCCAUUCGCUUGAGAAUAUACUCUGAUAAGGUCGUUAAUCUGACAGUUGUAGAUUUGCCUGGCCUUACAAAGGUGCCUGUCGGAGAGCAGCCAGAGGACAUAGAAAUGCAGAUUCGAGACAUGGUGUUGUCAUACAUCGGAAAUCCAAAUUCCAUAAUACUAGCUGUAUCUCCAGCCAAUAUGGACAUGGCUGUGUCGGAGAGCUUGAAGCUGGCAAAGGAGGUAGAUCCCGAUGGACGGAGAACUCUGGCAGUCAUAACAAAGCUGGAUUUGAUGGAUGCAGGUACUGAUGCAAUAGACAUCUUGUGUGGGAGGGUUAUACCUGUGAAGUUAGGUAUCAUUGGUGUCGUCAACAGAUCCCAGCAGGAUAUCAUAGAUAACAAAGUGAGUUUAUGAAUUCUUCUCUAUACA